AGCCCUGAACCUCCCCUUUGGGUACUGCGGUGCAGGUGGGUGCCAGGCAGCGGCUCCUUCUCAAGCUCGUCCCGGCCUUACCGUCUUCUGGACGAUGGAGGCGCAGCAGGCACAAGGUCUGCUGGAAACACAGCCAUUGCACGAGACAGAUGAAGAAACGGUCACUGAUAUUGAUUUCACAAGCAUGAUUUCUGAAGAAGAGAGAGAAGAAUUAAAGAUUGAGCUAGCCAAGCUGGAGGAUGAAAUUUCAACUUUACGGCAAGUGUUAGCAGCCAAAGAAAAGCACCUGGCAGAAAUCAAACAAAAGCUUGGUAUCAACCUGAUGAAUGAGCUGAAACAGAACUUUAGCAAAAGCUGGCACGACAUGCAGACGACUUCUGCUUACAAGAAAACGCACGAAACUCUGAGCCAUGCAGGACAGAAGGCAACAGCAGCUAUCAGCAAUGUAGGAACAGCCAUCAGCAAGAAAUUUGGAGAUAUGAGGUCACAUUCGAUUGGUUACUCUAUUCGCCAUUCCAUAAGUAUGCCUGCUAUGAGGAAUUCUCCAACUUUCAAAUCAUUUGAGGAGAAGGUUGAGACCACUGUCACCAGCCUGAAGACAAAGGUUGGAGGGACAAGCCACAGUGGGGGGAGUUUUGAAGAAGUUCUCAGUUCUACUGCCCACGCCAGUGCUCAGGGCUCUAUCACAGGCACACCGCUUCCUGAGAAUGAGGAGGAACUUCAGUGUUAGACGGUAGCCUCUACUGGCCAUCUGUAUCCGACCUGGUGAGACUUAUCCCCAUAGUGUUUUCUAUGCUGCCUUUCCACAUCCACCUUGAGACACGUGGCUUUGUAACCUCUUGAAAAUGGCUUCACCCAUGUCAUACUGUAGUCAUUCUUCCAAAUAUAUUGGUAUUUUUACUAGGGCAUUUUUAUCAUUAAGCAUUUUUAUACUCCAUAGAAAUGGCACAGGCAUCGUCAUUUUAAUGUUCCAAUUUCUAUAAUGUAACCAAAGAGUUCUUGCUUUAUGGUAUUUUCCCUCCAAUUCACUUCACACUUCUGGUCCAGCUGUUAAUUUGUUUUUUAUUUAAAGGACUGAAUCUGUUUUUAGUAUACAUGUUUCUACUGAUUAUGUAAUCCCUCUCAGUGCCACAGCAGACAGAUGGGUCUAGGACUAUACAAGGAUGUCUGUUGCCAGCAAUAGUCUGUCACCAGCUGUCCACCCAACUAUAUUAGUGCCCUUUACUGAGCAUAGACAUGACCUGAGCUGCUUAAGGAGUCAGUCAAUCAUUUGUUGUCACACUGAUGUCUCUAGUCCUUUGUCACUUCCACAGUCUGUCUUUGAAUUUCCUUCCCUAGAGAGGAAUCCAAUUAUUCAGAUGCAAACUAAGUUGAUCAGUUACUGUCCCACAGCAGGAAAUGCUAGUUGAAAAACAUGUUCUGUUACUUGCUGUUUGAUGCUGGGACCCAAUUUCAGUAUUAAACCAACAAACCUCCAUACCAUCUCCUUAGAAGGUAAGAUUAAUAUAUGACUGACUUGUGUGAGCCUCAUUAGAGUUAGAGCCUUGAGAGAAUCUGUAUACAACUUAAUAAAGAUGUGCCAUGCCUUUAGUUUACACACCAGAACUAGUACUUGCAUUUUAUGGUACACUGGAUGAGUGUGUGCUUCAGCCUGGGCCAGACUGUCCUGCUUUACUGCACUUCAGGGCAUAAUUCAAUUUCCAAGAAGCAAGAAUCAUCUCUUAGCUUAGAUGCAGCAUGAUUUGUUGCAUCAUUUUAAGAGAAGGAAUAGUAAGGUUAUUACAGUGUUGUCCGCCAGCCAGCCACUGGUGGCAGCAAAAGCCUAUCAAGUAUGAACAUGAAUGUGGUGAAGGGGUGGAGGGGAACUUGCCUGCUUUUAAAAUAGGCCUCUUUUUAAUUUUCUCAUACUGCAAAGCUCCAAAUCAACUUUAGCCAUUCCAGAUCCUCGGCUUUGCUAAAAGCUUGUCAGGAAAAUCCUGUAUCAAAGUGGUUUUACAGGGGUUCUGUUUUUGUUUUUAAUUUCUUAAUUUUCCCAUAUGACAAGUUGAUUGUGAGCACAUCUCAAAUGCUUCUUUAAUGUGAUUUAUUUUAAUAUGUUACAAAGAAAGCAAAUUAAGUUUGACAAUUUGCAAGUUUCUGUUGCAGCACUGUGUAUAACCAUUUAUUUUAUUUUAAAAAACAAUUACAUAGUUUGUGUAAAUGAGGUUUUUAAAAUGUGUCUCUGCCUUGUGUGUUUCUAUUAGCAAGAUGCCCCUUGUAAUACAAUCUUGUUCUAAUAAGAUGUUACAAUGGAAAUACAAAAAAAAAAUUGCAGAUGGAUGGUUUUGGCCACCCCCAUAGCUUAUAUUAGCUAUCUAAAAUCCAGUUUAUUUUUCCCCAUCAUUGAUACAUAAACCUGAUAAUGAAAUUCAUGCUUUAUUAUAGCCAUUUAAAAUAGGACUAUACCUGCACACUGUGCAAGAAUUCUAAAAUGACAUUUUUAUACCCAAAAAACUUGUAUAUAAACAUGCCAUUGAAAAUCCACACCUCUCCAGUCUCUCUUCUUAACUAACACCGAAGAGUGGUGGCCCACUGAGACAUCGAUAUGGGGGCAGGGGCCAGGUUGUUCGGGGAGGCACAGCCUUCCCUAUCUGGCCCUCCAUACAGUUUGGCCUGAGGGCCACAUCAGGGUUCCACAAAAGUUUGCCCACUCCAGCGUAAGUAGAUAGAAAAGUUGACAGGGUCAGGACAUAUGAUCAUUUUACCAUAGGAACAGGUAGGGAGUUAUUCUCUCAGACCAGUACUGGACUAUCCCAAAGAAAAAGGACAAGACACAUGAUUGAUCUAUGCUAGUACAAAUUGAGGAGGUCCAUCAUGCUCUUUGGUAUCUAAUCUAGAAUGCACGUGUCCAGUGCUAAGGCGUACUGGGAAAAAAAAGGUAGAAGGCAGCUUGGUUAAAUCUAGUUUUAUAUGACCUAUACAUUACUUGUAUACAAAGGUGGCAUUUGGAGUGUAACUUUAGGCCCACACAUGUGUAAGGUAAAUGUAACAACGCCACAUAAGAUACCAGUCUCCAGGAAGCCAUCUUAAGAGACCAAAUAACCAGUGUUUGAUUUAUGGAAAAGGGUUCCAUGAGUAUACAGUAGAACCUCUAAGUUACGGACACCUCAGGAAUAAAGCUUGGUCAUGGCUCCAGCUGUUCACUCUCCAAGCCAGGUUCCAGAGGCAGCAUCUUGCCUGGGCCAGCUUCUCUCUCUCUUGACUGGGAGGGGGGGGAUGCUGGUGAAAUCAGUGCAGACCCCCAAUGUUGCACCUGCUGCCUUGGGCUGGUAGCAGGGGCUCACAGCUUUGCCUGCAAAUCUCAAUGUCUUCAACUCCUACCUGUGAGUAGGUGCCAGGCACAUCUGGGCUGCCUGUCCCCACUGCUACCUUUAAUAUGGCCACAGUACCAUAUUUGGGUUUUUGUCUCCACUGAUUGGUUACUUCCAGUUUCACAUGGUGUCUAGUUGACCAGUCAGUCCGUAACUCUGGUGUUUGUACCUUUUUGAGGUUCUACUGUAUUUUCAUAAUGAACAAAAUUGGGUCUAUACAAGUUAAACAGGUUCCAUCAAA